GACGUGAAAUUUUCAUGAAAGACAACAAAACAAAACAAAACCAAACCAUUCAAAGAUAGUAGGCAGGCAGGUACCGCACACCGCCACCGCACUUUCUCCGAUCCCCGCUGUUUCACCGCCGGCAUGUCACCGGUCGCCGGAGUCAGUGCCCCCCUCCUGGGGGAAUCCAAAGCAGCGACGCCGCCGGCUUCCGUCCCCGGCGCGGUGUUCAACGUGGCGACAAGCAUAGUCGGCGCCGGAAUCAUGUCGAUUCCGGCGAUCAUGAAGGUUCUCGGCGUGGUGCCAGCAUUCGCGAUGAUUCUCGUGGUGGCCGUUCUCGCGGAACUGUCGGUGGACUUCCUGAUGCGGUUCACGCACUCCGGCGAAACGAUGACGUACGCCGGCGUUAUGAGGGAAGCGUUCGGAUCGGCCGGAGCGUUGGCCGCGCAAGUUUGCGUCAUCAUCACCAACGUCGGGGGCUUAAUUCUCUACCUUAUCAUCAUCGGGGAUGUGCUAUCUGGAAAGCAAAAUGGAGGUGAAGUGCAUUUGGGCAUUUUGCAACAGUGGUUUGGAAUUCACUGGUGGAAUUCCCGGGAAUUUGCUUUGCUUUUCACCUUGGUCUUCGUUAUGCUUCCAUUGGUAUUGUACAAACGUGUAGAGUCCUUGAAGUACAGUUCUGCAGUGUCAACUCUUCUUGCAGUGGCAUUUGUUGGCAUAUGUUGUGGUUUGGCUAUCACAGCUCUGGUGCAAGGAAAAACACAAACUCCUAGAUUGUUUCCUCGGUUAGACUACCAAACGUCAUUCUUUGAUCUGUUCACUGCAGUUCCUGUUGUUGUCACAGCCUUCACAUUUCAUUUUAAUGUGCAUCCCAUUGGGUUUGAGCUUGCCAAGGCAUCCCAAAUGACAACAGCAGUUCGAUUAGCAUUAUUGCUUUGUGCUGUGAUCUACCUUGCAAUAGGUCUAUUUGGGUACAUGCUAUUUGGGGAUUCAACCCAGUCAGACAUUCUCAUCAAUUUUGACCAGAAUGCUGGUUCUGCAAUUGGUUCCUUUCUCAAUAGUUUGGUCCGUGUAAGCUAUGCACUCCACAUCAUGCUGGUGUUUCCUCUAUUGAACUUCUCUUUGAGAGCCAACAUAGAUGAAGUUCUCUUCCCUAAGAAGCCUAUGCUAGCCACAGACAACAAAAGAUUUAUGAUCCUCACUCUGGUGCUGCUUGUAUUCUCCUACCUUGCAGCUAUAGCAAUCCCAGAUAUUUGGUACUUCUUUCAGUUCCUGGGAUCAUCAUCCGCAGUGUGCCUUGCCUUCAUUUUCCCCGGCUCUAUUGUUUUAAGAGAUGUCCAUGGUAUAUCAACAAGAAGAGACAAAAUUAUUGCACUGGUAAUGAUUAUACUAGCCGUGGUUACAAGUGUGCUUGCCAUUUCCACCAAUAUAUUUAAUGCUUUUAGUAGCAAGUCAUAAAUACAAGCUGGUUCUCUCAUUUCUCCCCUUCUCUCUCUCUCUCUCUCUCUCUCUCUCUCUCUCUCUCUAUAUAUAUAUAUAUAUAUAUAUAUAUAUAUAUAUAUAUUAUAGAAAAAUUUAUUUGGGGAGAGAGGGUGUGACUGGGGAGAUUCUAGGGGCAAUUUGGUUGCUGUGGCGAUUGUGUUACUUUUGUAAUUUGGAUGCCUUGUUUAUUGUAGAAUUCAUGUCUUGUGGCAGCAUUUCUAUGUAAAGUACCAAAUACUAUUAUAGAAAUGAAAUCGACUUGAUGGGUGACUAAGUUGGGGCCAUAUCAAGUUUGUGCCGUGCAAGGAUACAAAUAUUGAUCAAUUGUGCGCCAACUCGUUCUCAUUAUCGUUUGAAUGGUUUAGGAAAUACUAGUAUAAUAAUAAUAGCAUUUGGCACA